AUGUCUACGCUUUUUACUGGGUAUGGGGGAUGUACGGGUAAGCAGGAUAAUCAAGAUAAGCAGGAAGUGCAAUUCAUCCCUACGCACACCACCAACUCAUCGAUCACCACCCCCACCCGCUCGGCAUUCGAGCAUGACGACAUGGAAGAACGCGGCACACUUGACACACAACCUAUUAUUGAAACACCCUCCGCACACACGCUCUCCCGCGUAGCCAGCAAGAUACGCAACAAAUGCACACCACUCUCUCACCAACGCUCCUCGUUCAGCGGUGGGAACAACAGCAACGGUAGUGGAGACAGUCACAAGGCGUAUACACAGGCACAAUCGAGCAUGAGCACCGGUGGUAUCGGUCUCAUGAACCGCUCAACCUCCUCUCUACCCUCACCACCACCACCCACUUGGCAGAAAUUGCGGGGUGAUUCUCCGAAACAGUCACAGUCACAGUCACAAUCAUGUUCACGGUCACUGCCGCGUCCACAAUCACAUGUUUCACUCUACUCUGGCCACUCUAGCUACUCGCAUUACUCAGGUAUGAAAAAUUUAGCAGCUGCAUCGCACGAGAUAGUAAACACGCCGAGUAUCCAUAACUCUGCACAAUCCGAUCACUCAAAGCACUCAACUCACCCUGCUCUCCCCGGCCUGGCUGAGGCUAUUGAGCCACACUGCCAGAACACGCAGGGUGCUCUACGGGCAGUGCCUGCGGUGCGCAGUCGGUGUGGUGCCUGGAGCGAUGUCUAUAGGUGUAAGGAUGAGGAUGGUGAUGCGAGUGGGAAUGGCAAUGGCAUUAGACAUAGAAAUAGGAAUGACGAUAACCAUUGCAAUCGCAAUCCGCUCGCUGUGGAACCCUUGUCUAGCACACAAGACACGAAAUGCACACCACACAUACCUCGAACACCCCAAACACCCCAAACACCCGACACUCCCGACACUCGCAUCCGCUACUCGCACGCCAAGAAAAAGGUCUGGGUGAGUGAGGAAGCCCAAACGGUGGAGGCGUGGGUAAAAGCAAUGAGAAGCGGGAGUGCGAGUGUAGACGCCAACACCCUCUCACUCACAAAGUUGCUAACAUGUCUGCGCAAAUACGACGACAUGGCCACACUCACACUAAUUGAAGAACAUCUAGCUGAUAGGACGACGGCGACGAACAGUCUCAAUCAUCUGCUUCUAUCCAAACGACACAACCUGCAUACAUUGCACAGUGCGUCUGUCGUCAAAGUUCCCGCACACUUCCUGCCUCUCUUAUCCUCAGAAGAGAUUGACGAGAUUGGGGGGAAUGAUAUGAAAAUCAUCUUGAAUAGCACUAACACGCUUAAUCUGUUACAGUUGUUGGAAUCUAACAGACUGCUCGUCAGUCCUUCCAUGGCGUCAAAGCUCAGCGAAUCACCUUGCUUGUCAUUCAAGCUGCGCAUACACAACGAAGACUACCUGACUAUCGAUAUGUGA